AUGUCCAGCCAGGCACCCGCCACAGCGACGACGGUUGAGGAGUACACCUCGGCCAAGUCGCUCGUCAACCUGCGCAAGCAGCUCAAGUACAUCGUCAUUGGCUCCGUCCUCACCUGGUACUUCCAGGUGCCUGCCCACCUCACCGACGCCUUGUCGCUUGGCAUCCGUACGAAUUGGGAGGCGCGCAUCGCUGUCAUUGCUCUGUCUCUGCUGGCGGCGACGCUCCUCAUCUUUGCCCAUGUCAUCUUGCUCCCGGCACGCGGCCAUGCUCCCGACUACCUCCGAUGGAAAGAGGAUGUCCACCUCCGCUCUGCCAUCCCUGCCCUGACGCUCUGCAUCAUCGCCGGAUUCCUCUCGCUCCUCCUCACCCUCUCGCCCCUCGGUGCACCAGCCCCUCCGGGCAGCUCGCUGAGCACCCGACUCACCCAGGCAGCCACGACUGCCGGGUCCAACCUCAACUCAGCCUCCCGGGGCGUCCAGCAGCUCGCCUCCGAGGCCGUAAAGUCGCUCGGCCUCACAUCCGCAUCAAACCCUUCUGGAAGCCCCAAGUUGCUCGACUCGCUCUUCUCUCGCAGCCCCUCGUCGGCGUCGUCCCAGUCGCUUCUCGACACGCUGCACCUCGACUCGCUCGAGUCGCUCGCCAAUAGGCUCGGCGUCAGCGCCGGCCGGGCCGAUGAGCUCUCAAAGGCCUUCGCUCAGCUCAGCAGCAGGGCAGAGGACUGGGCCCAAGGCAACGUUCGAGCCAUUGGCUGGACCGGCGCUCUAUUGGCCAGCACCGGCGUGUACCUGCUCCUCUUUGGAGGCGUCGGCCUACUGGGCUUCCUGGCCCCGGAUCGAGCCGCCUUGGCGGCCGGAAGCAAGAAGAAGCAGUUCUGA